UGUAAACACAGGUGAUGGCAGAGUGUCUGGGAGACAGAGUUUACCAAGAAUACCUGCACAAGGUGUCCACUGCACGGAGGGAGUGUGGCGGGUUUCCUUCAGUUCCCACCACCCACGGCAGGGGCACGCCCACACCCCAUGGCAGGGGCACGCCCACACCCCAUGGCAGGGGCACGCCCACGCCCCAUGGCAGGGGCACGCCCACGCCUCAUGGCAGGGGCACGCCCACCUCACUCCUCACUCCUCUCAGCUUUGUCUCAACUUACGUAAAUGGGUCAUCAGUGUGGGUUUUAUUCACCCGUUUCAUUCUAGAUUUAGAGAUCAUGAGCUCAGGGUCAGAGCUUCUGGCUGGGGCAACAACUGCAAAUGUUCUUUUUUUUCCUUUCUCGCAGAAAGACCAGCGACAAGGUGGCAUCCUUAGUCAACAACAAGGAGUACCUUUCCAGCAGCCUGGAAUAUAUUCCCAGCAGCCUGGGAUUCGUUCUCAGCAGCCUGGGAUACGUUCUCAGCAGCCUGGUCUACAUUCCCAACAGCACGGGAUAUAUUCCCAGCAGCCUGGGGUUAAUUCCCAGCAGCACGGGAUACAUCCUCAGGAUCCUGGUGUAUUUUCACAGCAGCCUGUGGAUUUUUCUUCUCAAGCGGGGUUGUUCACUCAACAGCCCGUCACUUUUACCAAACGGCAAGAAUUUUCCUUUCGGCAACCUGAAGUGUUUUCCCAACAGCCUGGAAGCUUUUCCCAACAGCCUGGAAGCUUUUCCCAACAGCCCGGAAGCUUUUCCCAGCAGCCUGGAAGCUUUUCCCAACAGCACAAAUUAUUUUCCGAUACUCGUGGACUAGAGAACGUAGGUGCCCUUCUGGAAGUGCAGGAGAGCAGUCCUUUCUACCCCAGUAGCCAGGGACACCACCACUUUACCCACGCUCCCAGUUACCGCCAGAAGCGAGCGCUGGUGGUGGGAGAGCGAGAUAUCCAUCGGGCCAUGCUCAAGGUGGAGGCGCUAUUCGGGAACUUCACUUGUGUCCUCCACAGACUUGGCAUGGUGGACGAAGAGUUGGAGCUAGACUUAGAGGGUUUGGCCAGCAACACCCUCAGCCUGCCCAUCCCAGUGCCCCUCAGGAGUGAUCUGGUCUCAGCCAUCCAUUACUGCAGAGACAUGACGCUGUGUCUGCCGGUGGAGCAGCAGGGAUCACUGGUGCCACAGAAGCUGAAGCGCCUCAUAACCUUUGUCAAGUGUGAGAAGGAAGCACGUCUUUCUGCCUGUCUCAAGCAUGACCUCAGGAAGAGUGUCAGCCAGGUCGACCUUGGCCUGUUGCCCACCAGUGGUGGCACCACUGACUACCUGGAAAAGCUCCUUGCUCUCCUAGUGAUGGCUGAGUCAGCAAAUCAACUGGAGCUCAUCUGAGCUGGUCUUCCUGGACUGAAACUGGUCAAAACCAGUCUAAUGGACUCUUUACAGUUUCGAAAUAGUUCAGGUGGUUUAUAUAGCCUGAAAUAAAUCUAGACUGACCCUAUGGGAGUCUAUAUAUUAUAGAACAAACUGGUCAAAAUCAACAAUAUACAGUUCAGUCUAGGCAGUUCCUGUAAGGCCAUAUGAACUAAACAUAAGUAUGUAGUCUUCCUGAAGAACCCUGUGUAUAGGCUCUCUUUAUAGACAAAAUCUGGAAAGGACUAUAGGUCUAUAAAAUUAGACUGGCAUUAUAUUCAAACUGGUCUAAAUCUCUGAAACUGUGAGCUGGUCCUAUAAGGCUGUGUAUAGAUGAAGGUGAUAUAGACUAGUAGUGUUGCUAAGGUGAUAAAACUAAGUUUAAUAAAAAUCUUUAUUUAUAGGACUAAGCACAGUGAUCAGAAAUAUCUUAGAAUCUGUCAGUGCCAUUACAGAAAAUAGAUGGGAAGUCCACCUGCUUGCCAGCAGCAGAUUGGAAAAAAUAGAGGAACUUGGU